CCCCCCUUUUUUUUUCCCACACUCAAUUGAUUUCACUCUGAUAAUUCAAUUUUUUUUUCCCCAUUUUUUUUUUCUUGGCUUCGUUUAUUGUUGUGGCAAUCAUUUGCGUUUUUCACUUCAUUCCAUCUUUUCUUCGUUCAAACGAGUGUUCUUUGCUUUUAGGGUUUCGUCUGAAGCGCAGAUCUUUAUGAUUUUUUUCUUCUUCUCAGGUUUCUAUGUUGAAUCCCGAGGGGAAAUAAUAUAGUGUGGCUCCGCUAAUUAAUGCGAAUGUUGCUAUAGUUUAUCUUUUUAGUGGUGAUCCAUGAAAAUGACAUUUUACAACUCAGGAUUAAUUCGGCGGUGUUUUUAGCUCUCGGUUGAGAAGUGAUUGUAUUAAAUGGCGGAAUCAAGUCCUGUCGAUGAUAUACUGGAAUUCUUGAAAAGGAACAAGUUUGCAAAAGCAGAGGCUGCUCUGAGAAAUGAAUUGAGUCACAGGUCAGACUUAAAUGGGUUGAUUCAAAAGCUUACGCUUGAUGACAAGGAGUCGAACAGUAGAUCAAACGAAGCGGUCAAUGGGGCAGUUUCUUUUGAAAAAGAUCGAAAAAUUGUAACUUCCCAGCACAGUGAGAAAGUUCUCAAGGGUUCGAGUAUUCCCGAGGCUUCUAAGGAGCUAAUUGUGAAGGAGGUGGAGUGUGGGAAAGGCAGUGGUGCGAUUGGGAAAAAGAGCAUGGUCAAUGCAAGCGUCGGGACAAGUGAUAAUAACUUUGAGUUCUCCAAGAAUUCAGAUGAUACUGUUCUUGAUUUGUAUUCGCGUAAAUUGAUUGAGCUUGAGGAAGUUGAUCGACAAAGAAAGCCAACUAACUCGUCUGAUAAUCCCUUGUCUGGAAAUAACGUGUUGUCUGCCCAUUCAUCUUUGCCCAAAACUGUCUUCCCCUUGUCGGGGGAGGGCACUUCAUCCAGUUAUGAUAGUACUACUUCUGCUAUUGUUGAUAAAAAGGAGGGAAAAAUGAAAAUCGAACUCCACAACAUUAGGACAGCAAUUAAGGAUGAAGUGGAUUUCGGUGCAUUAGAAUUUCGUCUUGCAUCUGAGAACCAGAAGAAGGAAGAGUUACCGAGGCUGCCACCUGUAAGACUAAAGCCGGAAGAAAAGCCUUUCAAUAUUCAAUGGGAGGAGAAGUAUGAACGCGGUGGUGGGCCCGGUCCGAAGAUCUUGAAUGCCGACAAUGGAUAUCUUAUAGGGUCAUUUCUGGACGUACCUAUUGGCCGUGAAUUCGAUCCUUCAGGGAAAAUGCCAAAGGGAGGCAGUUGGCUCUCUGUGAGUCAGGGUAUAGCUGAAGAUACUUCGGAUCUCUUUUCCGGUUUCGCAACUAUAGGUGAUGGACUGAGCGAAUCAGUCGACUACCCAAAUGAUUAUUGGGAUUCCGAUGAAUACGAAGAUGAUGAAGAUGUUGGCUAUAUGAGACAACCCAUAGAAGACGAAACCUGGUUUCUUGCACAUGAAGUUGAUUACCCAAGUGACAACGAAAAGGUGACGGGGCAUGGGAGUUUUCCGGACACUCAAGAAAGGGAACAGGACAAGGACGAUGAAGACGAAGAUGAAGAAGAUGAUCAGUCGUUUGCAGAAGAGGAUUCUUACAUCUCGGGCGAGCAGUAUUUCCAGUCGAAAAGCGUCGAUCCAGCUGUAUCUUCAGAAAAUCCUGUAGGUCAAUAUGAGGAGGAACUGAGUUUAAUGUGCACAGAGCCCGUUUGGCAGGGUUUAAUCGGUCAGAAUAAUGAACUGAGGAUGCUCGAAAAUGGAAAAAUUACGAGUCAAUUUGGAAGGCCUCAUUUGGAUGAUGACCAACAUGGUUCGGUUAGAUCUAUUGGUGUUGGAAUCAAUAGUGACGUGGCUGAUUUUGGCAGUGAAGUGAGAGAUAGUUUGGUCGGAGGUAGUAGUGAAGGUGGGGAUAUAGACUACUUUGAUGCCCAUAAAAAUAGAACAAAGAGGCAAAAUUUGGAUAAAGUUAUGAAGAAGAGUAAGAAUCAGAUCGAUGGAGGAUUCUCGUUUCCCCCUCCAAGAGAUGACUGUAUAAUGGCGAAUGAUGACAUGGUGACAUCAUGGAGGCGUAAAAGCAGCGGGGAAUCUUCACCCGUGAAGAGUUCGAUGGAUGAAAAAUAUGCCAACACUGGGGAAUCGGCAAAUUCUAGUCCUUCGUCUCUUUCAAAUUAUGGGUAUAUCGAAAGGGUGCAUGUAAAGAAAGAAGAUGAUGUAAUAGCAUCGGGUGUAAGAGAAGAAGAAGAUCCAGGGGCAUUGUUGGAAGACGAGGAAGCUGCUGCUGUACAAGAGCAAGUGAAGCAGAUCAAAGCACAAGAGGACGAAUUCGAAACCUUCAAUUUGAAGAUUGUCCACAGAAAAAACAGGACUGGUUUCGAGGAGGACAAAAGUUUCCAUGUUGUUUUGAAUUCGGUCCUAGCUGGACGGUAUCAUGUGACGGAGUAUCUUGGCUCGGCUGCAUUCAGCAAAGCCAUACAGGCGCAUGACUUGCACACCGGUAUGGAUGUUUGUGUGAAGAUUAUAAAAAACAAUAAAGAUUUUUUUGAUCAGAGCCUUGAUGAAAUUAAGCUGCUCAAGUAUGUGAACAAACAUGAUCCUGGCGACAAGUAUCAUCUUCUUCGGCUGUACGAUUACUUCUAUUAUCGAGAGCAUUUGUUGAUUGUAUGUGAAUUGCUCAAGGCAAACUUGUACGAGUUUCAUAAAUUCAACAGAGAAUCUGGAGGAGAAGUCUACUUUACAAUGCCGAGACUGCAGUCGAUUACUAUUCAGUGCUUGGAAGCACUUCAAUUCUUACACGGUCUUGGGCUAAUACAUUGUGAUUUGAAGCCGGAGAAUAUAUUGGUGAAAAGUUACAGUAGAUGUGAGGUGAAGGUCAUUGAUCUCGGAAGUAGUUGCUUUGGAACAGAUAAUCUUUGUUCGUAUGUUCAAUCUAGGUCUUACCGUGCACCUGAGGUUAUUUUGGGACUUCCCUAUGACAAGAAAAUCGAUAUCUGGUCUCUUGGUUGCAUCUUGGCCGAGCUUUGCACAGGCAAUGUGCUCUUUCAAAACGAUUCACCGGCCACUUUACUUGCACGAGUAAUUGGAAUCGUAGGCCUGAUCGAGCAAGAUAUGCUUGCCAAAGGACGGGAUACAUACAAAUACUUCACAAAAAAUCACAUGCUCUACGAAAGAAACCAGGACACUAACAUAUUGGAAUAUCUGAUACCGAAAAAAUCAUCAUUGAGACAUCGGUUGCCAAUGGGAGACCAAGGCUUCGUUGACUUUGUCUCCCAUCUGCUAGAAGUCAACCCUAACAAACGGCCUUCUGCAUCAGAGGCUUUGAAACAUCCAUGGUUGCAAUACCCUUAUGAACCAAUAUCAUCCUGAAGAAUAUAUAUAUAUAUAUAUAUAUAUAUAUGAUUCGUGGAGAUUAUCGAUGGUGAAACUACUAAGAUAUCGGAGAAGAACUGUGAAUCGGAACAUGGCUUGACCAUCAAGCUGGAAAUCGAUCAACCAAUACGAUCGUAAAUUUCUAUAGUCCGCUGCUCAAUUGGAAGGUGAAUUCGGUUUCAAAAGACGAAUGAUCGAAUCUUGUUUAAACCCACUGCGGAGUUGUAGUAUGAUAUCAUUGACAAUUGAAAUGUAAUAUUUCACGCAAUAUUGUAACGGUAGGGACUCUUUCUUUCUUUUCUUUUUCUUUUUUUCUUUUUUUCUUUUUUUUCUCGUUCGGGUGGAAUGAAGUGUUCAUUGUUGUUGUUGUUGUUGUUGUUGUACAUGAUGUGUGAUGAUUCAUUUUUUUAGUUAUAAUAGGCUGUGAAAAUAGCUGCUUAUCCAA